AUGUGGAGCUCCAACAACUACAGUUACGAUAACAGCCGCCAGCACAACUCCAACAACUACGGGUACAACAACGGAAUUGACCAACAUUUCAAGAAAUACAAUUUCUACAACGGAUGUCACCACAGCUCUAACACAUCCGGUUACAACACCGGAAGUAACCAUAUCUCCAACAGCUCCAGUUUCUUCAUCGAAUGUCACCACAUCUUCAACAGCUCGAAUCACUACAACGAAAGUCACCACAUGUCCAAGAUCUCCAGUUUCUACAACGGAUGUCGCCACAGCUCCAACACAUUCGGUUACAACAACGAAAGCAACCACAUCUCCAACAGCUCCAGUUUCUACAACGAUUGUCGCCAUAGCUCCAACACAUCCGGUUACAACACCGGAAGUACCCAUAUCUCCAACAGCUCCAGUUUCUUCAUUGAAUGUCACCACAUCUUCAACAGCUCGAAUCACUACAACGAAAGUCACCACAUGUCCAAGAUCUCCAGUUUCUACAACGGAUGUCGCCACAGCUCCAACACAUUCGGUUACAACAACGGAAGCAACCACAUCUCCAACAGCUCCAGUUUCUACAACGAAUGUCGCCACAGCUCCAACACACCCGGUUACAACAACGAAUGUCACUACAUCUCCAACAGCUUCAGUUUCUACACCGAGUGCCACCAUGGCCCCAACAGCUCCAAUCACUGCAAGGAAAGUCACCACAUCUCCAACACCCCCAGUUUCUUCAUCGAAUGUCACCACAUCUUCAACAGCUCGAAUCACUACAACGAAAGUCAUCACAUCUCCAACAGCUCCAGUUUCUACAACAAAAGUCACCACAUAUUCAACAGUUCGAAUUACCUCAACGAAAGGCACCACAUCUCCAACAACUCCAGUUUCUACAGCGAAAGUCACCACAGCUGCAAAAGUGCUAGUUUCCACAACAGAAGUCACUGUUUCUACAACGAAAGUCACCACAUCUUCAACAGCUCGAAUCACCGCAACGGAAGUCACCACAUCUCACACAACUCCAGUUUCUACAACCGUUACGGAAGUCAUCACAGCUCCAACAACUUUCUUGACAACAACGGAAGGUAA